AUGACGGAGAUCUUCAAAACUAAUGUAAAAAGUUCGAAGCUAAUUGAUGAGAUCAAUUCGACGAAUACAAUAUCAGCGGAAUUAUGCCAGGUAUUGUCUGAUUUGAAUCAAUUUACGAACAACUACUUGACUAACCACUUGCUACCCACUAUUGAUGAGUUAACUGACACUUACAAACAUGAUAGAAAUUUAAAGAUUUUACAGAACUGUUUCCAGCAGUUAUGUUAUUUCCUAGGAGUUGAUAAGAAUUGCACUAAUUUGUUGAUUAAUUACAAUCAAUUGAUAUCUAUCGCAAACCAAUUAGAGAAGUUGUCUCCACCAGAGGAAAUCGAAAUCAAAGAUGCAAAAUAUACUGAAAUUGUGUAUUCCUUAAACAAUUUAAUCAACAUUUAUUUGAUUUUGAUCAUUUAUUCCAAAAAAUCGAACUCAUUGAUCUAUAAUACAAUCCACUAUAAGAAUCAGUUAAAUUAUUGGAAUGAUUUGAAAAACUCGCCAUUGAACAAGUUAAUCUACUUUAUUCAGAUUUCACCAGUUAAGUUGUACGAAUUAGGGCAAAUUAUAUUGGUCAAUUUUAAAGAGAUAUUUCAAACUUCAAUGGAGCAAGAUUUAGUUAGUAAUGCUAAACUCUUCAUCAACUCGAGUCAAAAGACAAUUCUCAAAUUAUUGAACAAGGCUCCGACAUUUUCGAUGUACCAAAUGAAUACAAAUAGAUUGAGUCAGUUCAAUUUCAUCUAUCAGACUCCGAUUAAUAUUAUCAACAAGGAAAUACAAAGUAAAGUGGAUCACUUAAAUUCUAAAAUUACCCUUAACUGUGAAGCUUUAGGGGAAAUGAUUAAUAGUUUACCGAAGGAAAUCCCCAAAAACAUCACCGACAAUUUCAAGAACCUUUCAGUAUAUGAACAUUUAGAGAAAUUGGAUAAUAAGUCUUCAGAUCCAAUAAAUAGUAGAAUAUUGAAAUUGAUCAAAGAAAAGUCAGUUGCAGAGAAUACAAAGCCUUCAAGGUUUGUUCGUUAUUGGCCAGUUAUAUUAACAGUUUUAAGGUAUGGACCCUCAAGCUCGAUCAACUUGUAUCAGAACCGGUACGAGAUCGCUAAAUGGAUAAAGUUCAAUCUUAUCGAUACCGUUAUUGGAUUCGGAAAAAAUUGGGUAAUAAAACCCAUUAACGAUAUGCUAAGCAUAUUAAGACACGAUGACAAUUUUAACGAACUAAGCAUCAUAAGUAAGGACUCUUUACAAUCGGACUUAGAUUCUCUAGAAAGAAUGGUCAUUGACUACGUGGUUGAUUACGAUAAGGUAGACAAGGCAGAGAUAACUAAACAGAUCCAUGAAGCCAUUCAAGAAGGAAACUUAACUAUGUUGAUGUCAAACUACGAGCAAGAUAUACGUAAUCCGUUCAAAUCAUUGGCCAAAGGUUCGUUGGUAAGAGGCCUCUUGAUUCAGUUACAAAAAACCAAGGUUGACGGAGGCGUGGCUGUAAGUGGUAUCGACAAAAUGUUGAAGUCGCAACAAUUAGUGUUCGGAGUAGUAGCCAUCAGUCCUUCCAUCUUGAUCCUCUAUCAAGCAUACCAAUUCAUGAUCAAAAAGUCCGCCAAACCAAUCAUGAUCAACGGCAAACAAUUGAACAUUAUAUGCUUGAAAUCAUUAAAUAAAAUCGAAAAGCUCAUUAGUCAUCCCCAGGACAACCUAAAGAUGGGUGAGCUAUUCAUAGAAGUGAUAAAUUUGCAGCUCCACUCCAGCAUGAUUAUUCCUUCGCAAAUAAAAGCAGAAUGGAUCCAAGACCUCAACGAGCUCAACAAGGUCAAUGUCACCAAGGAUAUGAAGUUGGCAAUUAUCUCCAGAAUAUGGAACAUGUAUAGUUAUUAUUUUAGAUAA